GACGAAGUGUCAUAUCUUAAUUCAAUCUUAGGUGAAAAAUACAUAAGCAAACCGGCAGUGGUGUGCCUAACUUUGAUAUAUGCUGUAAUAUUUGUGACUGGUGUUUUGGGAAAUGUUUUUACUUGUAUUGUGAUUCUUAAAAACAAAUCAAUGCAUACGACCACCAAUUAUUAUUUACUCAGUUUAGCUGUAUCUGAUAUAACUACAUUACUUCUGGCUCUACCUCCAGAUGUGUCCAGUAUAUGGGAAGCUUAUCCUUGGAGAUUCGGCACCUUUUUCUGUAUUGUGAAAUCUUUUAUAUCGGAAAUGACGUCAUAUGCCUCAGUGUUAACUAUAACUGCCUUUACAGCAGAGAGAUACGUGGCCAUAUGUAGACCAUUAUUAUCCCAAUCUUUAUCCAGUUUAUCAAGAGCUGUAAAAAUCAUCAUUUCUGUAUGGAUUAUUGCCUGUCUCUGUGCUUUGCCUUAUCCUGUUCAUACUCGGGUAUUUUACGAGGUGCUUCAUCCGGAAACAGGUGAACCAUUGACAGAUUCUUUAUUGUGUAAUAUACCUGCUAAAUGGAGAUCUGGUAUGAGUUACAUGUUUCAGUUUUCUACCUUUGCGUUUUUUAUCAUUCCUAUGAUAGUUAUUUCUAUAGUGUAUAUAUUAAUUGGUGUUGAAUUAUGGAACUCUCAGUUGGGGAUUGACAAUAAUAAAAAUAAACAAGCAGCUAUACAAGCAUCGAAUGCAAGAAAAGCCGUGCUGAAAAUGUUAGUUGCAGUAGUAAUUGCCUUCUUUUUAUGUUGGGCUCCAUUCCACGCUCAGAGAUUAAUGACAAGCUAUGUUUCCCAAUGGACGAAUCGAUUGUUAGAAAUACAAACUUGGUUAUUUUAUGUAUCUGGUGUAUUGUACUUUGUUAGUUCAACUGUAAAUCCUAUACUUUAUAAUGUGAUGUCAAGGAAAUACCGACAGGCCUUUAAGAGAACAUUAUGUCGUUGUUGCCUUGGAAAC